AUGUCCAGCGGCAAUGUUGAACUACUGGGCGACAAUGUGGAAAUCCUGGAUUACGAAGCCGAGGGCGAGGCUCCCACCGCAGAGCGGUUUCCAGCGGCCGGUGCGGGAGACGAGAGCCGUCCCAUGCCCAUCGUGUUCACCGUCGAUAAUUUGCUGGCCAACAUCGCCACGGCGGAUCCGGCGGACCUGGAGGAGGCCUAUAACGCAGGACGUGCCUCUCUGCAGGAUGUUGCCGGGGCGGCCCGUCUGUCGUCCGAUUCCCCCCUUUUCGUCCCCCCUUUCUCGCUCCCGCCGGAAGACAAACUAAUCCUCUUACCUCACAAUGAGUUUAUGGCUUACCAAAAGUUGAACGAGAUGUGGUGCAACAGUCUUGCCGGGAAGAUAGCAGAGGCGGAGGCGCGAGAGCAGGCGAAGCGCGAGGACGCGGAGCGCGUGGCGGAGCGUGAGGCUGCUCUGGCUGCUGCUGCGAGGAAGCAGGAGGAGUGUGAGGCUGCUCUGGCUGCUGCGGCGAGGAAACAGGAGGAGGAGCGUGCGGCUGCUCUAACGGCAGCCCGGAAGCAGGAGGAGGAUCGUAAAGCUGAGCUGGCAGAGCGCGAGGCGUACGUCCAAGCUGCCAUGGCGAAGCAGGGGGCGCUCCGAUCACGGCUGGACCACCUCGAGUUCCGCCCCCAUGGCCCGCACGCAGCGGCCUUGCCCUCGCCCUCUCCCCAUCGUCGUGUUGUUGCCCCCCCCCAAUUGCAAUCGCAGCGUGCCUCUGUGGCGAAGGAGAACGGACGGGAGGUGGCGGCUACUCCGGAGUUUUCGGUGACGUUGGGUCGUCCGGCUGGUGAAGACGGGGCAUCGACUGCGGCCGCAGCCGCAGGGUCUCUUCACGCCCUGCACAUGGUGCUGGAGGGGACAAGGACUACAGUCGGUCGGCGGCUCCUGCGUCUAAGAGCUAGAAGAACCGUUGGGGUGACCAAGAUGCGACGGCCAAGAGCGGGACGGACGACCACCGCCGCUCCACCCAGUCUUCGCGAGGGCGCGGCACCGGAGAUGGCGGGUGAGGGCAAUCCGUGGGGACCCAGCCUACCAGUUCUUCGCCGGCGAGCCGCCACCGCCGGAGCAGGAGUCGGAGCGCAGAACGUCAACAGCGCACCAAUCCUUCGUCUAGGCGUGGGCGCAGCCGGAGCGGAGACCGUCGUGGGAGAAACACGCCUUCAUCUAGGCGUAGCCGCAGCCGGAGCCAGAACCGGAGCGGGGGCAACAGUAGGGCGACCAGUACUGACAGUAGUCGCGGCGGAAAAGGGGGACGGAAGUCAGGCCACGGUAACAGGCAAAUGAUGCAUGAUCGGGGUGGUUUUCGUAGCUCUGGGUUGUUGGGGGGAAACAAGGAUGCUUCAGAAGACGGUUCCUUCUGUUCUUCACCGCUUUUUCUACGCCCGCCCGCUGAUGUAGGCCAACCGACCAUGUCUUCUUUGGCGUUCAAACUUACCAACAUGAAACUUCGUGAACAUUCAGCCGCUGUGAAAAGCCAUGCCCCUGCCCAUGCCGUUAUGGAUCAUCCCACAUCUUCCUUGCCUCCGAACGUGUUGAGUCACCACGCCAUGCUGCAUCACACGCCUCGACUUCGGCUUCCCGUACUGAAAUGCUGUUGGAACAAGUACUCACUCUCCUGCGAGCAAAUCAAGUUGUGGAUGCUGCUGCCGACGCGAAUGUAUAACCUCCUGUGCCCUCCCACGCUCCUAGCGUGCCACCACCUGCCCCAUCUUUUUCCCCACGAAUGCAUCUGACACCGCUGCAAAAUCACGCUUCGAGCUUUUCGGGAGCUCCUGUAGGGCGCGAUGUUCGUGCCGAAACCGCUGCCAGCGCCACGUCAGGAUUAUCGUCGUCCGCCACGAUGCCGGCGACAGUACCGGUCGAUCCUGCGGUGGCACCGUCAGCGUCGGCAGCCCCAGCCCUGUUGCAACAGCCUUUGGUGGUAUCGCCCCCCCCCUCCAGCGUGCGUCUGUUCUGAUUGAUCCUAGCUCUGCAACCGGCCUCAUCGUCGAGCCACCGAGUCAAGCGGAAUCACCGUUGCCACAGGACGAUGCUGGUUUGCCUUUGUCUUCCACGGGAGCGAGAGCGAGGCAGGAGGCGCUGCACGCUACGGACGCCGCUGCAGCGGAGGCCGACACCAUCCGCAUUCAAGACAAGAUGAACAAGCUGAAUCCGUAACAACUUGAUAGUGUCACACGCUUGCCCCCUCGGUCCUGAUCCUGAUGAAUUUGCUCGUUUCGCGUCUAGCUGCAAGGGUGUGGUCACAGAGGUCCUCAACAAAAGCGACGUCAAGCGCAAGCAGACUUUCAAUUCCUCCACCUGGGUCACCGGAUGGCUUCCGUUGUUGCGCAAACGUGUCCGUGCUUCUGUCGUUGAAGGCCAAACCACCAACCGUGCCACGCUGGAAUUUCUUGAUGCCACCUUCCUGCAGGUACAAAACCAUCUGCGCAAGGAACCGGCAGUGCCCUCGACGUACGCCUUCUUCAUCCAGAAAUUGGCAGCUGCCUGGGACAUUCAAGAGAAGAGCUCGGGGAUUGAUCGUCUUUGCAGUUUUGGCGUAUCCAACGGCGAGACUUACGGAGAAUGCAUUCGUCGCUGUAAGACUCUGGCCAUGACCGUCAUGGUUUCUCACCACGCGUUCAAGCCUUCGGAUGCGCACGUGCAGAUAGCUGUUCGAGACUCCAUGUUGAAGCAGUUUCCGGUAGUGUCUGGGCAGGUGUACAAGGAUGAGCAGCUCUCCAUGGAAGCCCCUUUUGGGCGACAUGCUUCGUGUCUGGAUGAUAUGUGGGAUGUGUUGGACAAGCGUGCGUUCGCGCACACGCCGGCGGUGUAUGAAGAUUAUUUAUUUUCGGUAUCUUCCACGAACGCUAGGAGUUCGUCUGCUGUUUCGCGUGCUGUAGCUUCUUCGGCGUUGCGUUCGACGGUGACCCCUUCGUGGAGCCAGGGCUCUGCGGCCGCCGUGAUGAGUGUUGACCCUCUGCCUAAUGAU